AGGGGCUGAGCGGACACAUUAAUGUAAUAAACCGCCAGUACAUCUGCUAAGCUAUCUGCACAUCCUCCAACGAAAUCCACCAAACCCAGACUCUAAGCCCUCCCACAAUCAAAUCCACUGGGAUCUUGGUUUCAUCCGAUUGGUCGGGGAUGCUGCAACGGGGGGGCGAGAACAAUAGCAUCAUUCCGGCAUAAAAAGAGUGGAGCUAUGCCUUGGAGACGAAAACAUUUCAGCCACAGAAGAAUCGAUAUACUGGGGAGAUAAAGUCCCAUAAGCUUCUAGUGUUGCCAUAUUUUUAACAAACCUGGAUACUCGAGACUUCAUCCACCUCCCCAAAGUGCCUUUCCACUGUUACUCGCCAAGAUGCCCAAAGGAUUCCUGGUAAAAAGAAACAAGAAAUCUGCACAUGUUUCCUACAGGACUCGGUCAGACGAAGAUGACCUCCAGGAGCCACCCAUCCCAGCUGCCUUUCCGAGUUAUGUGGACCCCUCCCCGCCGAUGUCCGUGGCGUCCAGUCCGGACCGCGCCGCAGCAUCGCCGGAUUUCACAGCAGCUGACGCGCCGGUGCCAAGACUGGAGAAGCCGGUACAGUUCGGCAACCCAGAGGCGGUGUGCCAAGCCCUCUACAGCCCCACCCGACCCAUCAGCAAGGAGCACGACAGGGGAUAUUUUGAGCGAAGUUUCAAUUUGGGCUCGCCUAUUUCUGCCGAAUCAUUCCCGACACCUGCCUCCCUCUCCGGCCUGGACCACCUCCUGUACGCCCCGGUCGACCUGAAAAUCGGCACCAGCAACAGCAGCCGCAGCGGCACCACCAGCAGCAGCCUCCCGGGACCAAGCAACCGCGUAGCCACCAAAAGGCCCGCAGCUGACUGUACAGAGCGCAAACCUAAACCCGCCUCCAAGAAACCCAAAGCCAUUAGAAAACUCAACUUUGAAGACGAGAUGACGACUUCUCCCGUUCUUGGUCUCAAAAUAAAAGAGGGGCCGGUGGAGAUGAAGCCGAGGGCGCAGUCCUCCGGAGGAAACAAGCCUCUAGGGGAGUUUGUGUGUCAGCUGUGCAAGGAGGCGUAUGCGGAUCCCUUCUCUCUAGCUCAGCACAAGUGCUCCCGCAUCGUCAGGGUCGAAUACCGUUGUCCCGAGUGCGAUAAGAUGUUCAGCUGCCCAGCCAACCUCGCCUCUCACCGCCGCUGGCACAAACCGAGGACCACCGGGGCACCGGCGAUGCCACCGGCACAGGGCAUCAAACCUGAAAUGGCCAAAAUGCCACCGCUAGGUGUCAAGUCCGUCUCCGACGAAGCCAAAGACAUGAGUGACAGAGACACCCCGAGUCCAGGUCUGUCCGAGUCGGGCUCUGAAGAUGGCUCAUAUGACUGCCAGUAUUGUGGGAAGAGGUUUAAGCGACAGGCAUACCUAAGAAAACACAUCAUGGCACACCAGGCCUUGCAAAAGAAAGUGCUUGAGGAGCAGGGGUUUCAAACCGGCGACCGCCCGGCAGAGCAGGCUCCGGUCUUACCCGCCUCCUCCUCCUCCUCCUCAGCAUCAUCAUCAUCAUCCUCAUCCUCAGAGGAAGCCUCAAACCAAAGCCCUCUCAACCUGAGCCCGGUGGACUGCCUGCUGUGCCCUGUGUGCGGGGAGAGUUUCACCAGCAGGGCCGGCCAGGAGAGACACCUGCGUCUCAUGCACUCCUCCCAGAUUUACCCGUGCAAAUACUGCCCCGCCACUCUCUACAGCUCGCCGGGACUCACCAGGCACAUAAACAAGUGCCACCCCUCGGAGAACAGGCAGGUGAUCCUGCUCCAAAUGCCGGUGCGCCCCGCCUGCUAAAGAUAACACCUAACUCGUGCCUUUGGGGGGGGGGGGAAAUGAAAUAAUGACAAACAAAAAAGAAGUGGCUCUGGUGUUAAAAAAAAUAAUGAAAGAGUUUGUGAUGCUCACUGUCAUAACUUUAGGCCAAUGAAAGGCAGGGCGGUUUGAUGUUUAAGUGGUGUUUAAUGAGGUGUCUUUUCCAUGCCAAUCAGUGAUUGUUGAAUGCUUCUCUCUAUAUUUGAAUUACAUAUAGGCCUAUUUUGAGAUUUUCUUUCUCAAAUUAGUUUAUCAAGAAAAAAAA